AUGCUGCACAAAGAUAAUUUUGCCUGGACGACAGAAGCCGAGUCAGCAUUUCUGAACCUCAAGGCUGCUCUCAUGACUACGCAUGUGCUAGCCCUGCCGGAUUUUUCCAUGUUAUUUGUGGUUGAGUGUGAUGCAUCUAAUGUGGGAAUUGGUACCAUUCUUUCCCAGGACAAACAUUCAAUCGCUUAUGUGAGUAAGGCUAUCUCAGAUAAGCAUAAUAGCCUAUCUGUGUAUGACAAGGAGAUUAUGUCAGUUGUAUUUGCAGUUCAACACUGGAGACCAUACCUCAUCGGCUGCCAUUUCAAGAUCUUGUCGGAUCAUCAGACCAUCAAGUAUUUUUUGGAGCAGCGAAUCACCUCUCCAACAUAA